AUGCCCAUCACACAGGACAACGCGGGGGUCUUCCUCCCCCUCCUGUGCCAGUGGCUGCAGAACAGCCGGCGGGAGGGGGCCGAGGGAGCCGAGCAGCGGCUCUGCCGCUCGGCCGUCCAGAAGCUGAGCGAGUACAUCCAGCUCAACUUCUCGGUGGAUGAGAGCAAUCUGCAGCCAGGGAACUGCGGGACUUUGGAUACGGAGAUCUGCACCAUGUACCUGGCCCAAGAGAUGCGGAAAAAUGAGGUUCUGGGCUUGAGCUUUGGGAAUAUCCCUGCUCUGGGGGACUAUGGGGAGAAGCGUCGGGGAGGAAAGAAGAGGAAGGCACAUAAGGGGCCUGUGCUCGACGUUGGGUGCAUCUGGGUGACAGACUUGAAGAAGAACAGCCCGGCCGGGAAGUGCGGGAGAGUGCGCCUGAAAGACGAGAUCCUUUCUCUGAACGGACAGCUGAUGGUCGGAGUGGAUGUCACUGGAGCAAGUUACCUGGCUGAACAGUGCUGGAAUGGCGGCUUUGUCUACCUGAUCAUGUUGCGCCGCAUCAAGCGCAAAGCCCCGCUGCCUCCCUCCAACGGCAACAACAGCAACAGCUGCGAGCCCAAAGCCAAGCCCAUCCCUGAGCCCGGAGACAGGGCUGCUCAAAAUGGGAAAAGGACCAGGAAGUUUGGGGUCAUCACCAGGACACCAGGCAGCAAGGACAGCAAGGAGAAGCUGGGCUCAGAGCAGGGGAAUGGGCACUGCACCCCGAUGGAGGUGGAGGUUGCUCAGCCGGAGACCUCUGAAGCAGAGAGCAAUGGGGAAGAGCAGCACCAGGGCACCGGGGCACCUUACCGGGGCCAGCUGUCAGAUGCUGGCAUGCCAGACAUUGGGGACCAGGCUGCCCAGCGAGAAGGUUGCCGUAUAUGGAAGAUGCACAUCCUGAAGGGCACGGAUGGGCUGGGAAUCCAGAUAACAGGAGGCAGAGGGUCGAAGAGGUCCCCUCGCAGCAUCAUCGUCACCCAUGUGGAUGAAGGCGGCUCUGCACACAGGGAUGGCAGGCUGAUGGCCGGCGACGAGCUCCUCAUGAUCAACGGGCAGUCACUGGUGGGGCUCUCCCACCAGGACGCCGUGGCCCUCCUCCGCUCCGCCGCUGGCCUGGUGCAGCUGGUGGUCUCUAGCAAGGAAUCUUCUGAAGGAGAUCUUCUGAAGUAUCCAUCUACCAGUUUGCCAGACUUGCUUAGCAGUUGCUCAGUCGAAGACUCUGUCUCUUGCACUGACAAUAAGGAAAAUGAACAGCCAGAAGAAGAUGUAAAAGGAUUGAAUGUGUCUCCUGAAAAACUGGUUGCUGUGAUGGAAACUGAGAAGUCUCAAGAUCCAGCUUGUGCAGAAGUAUCCAAAGGAAAUAAUCUGAGUUCAACUCUGGCAAGUGGCAUACUGAAAUACCGAAGUCGAUCUCAAGGUGCCGGAUCCCGCUUGGAGUCUGUGGGAGAAGAUGAUGAGCUGACAGUGGAAAAUGGUGAAUCAAAUUACGAAAUAGCGGUGAAAUAUUCCCGGGGUGGAAGAAAGCACUCUCUGCCUCAGCAGCUGGAGUCAGCAGGAGCCAGACAGGACUACCAUAUCGUGAAGAAAUCUACUCGUUCCUUCAGCGCUGCCCAAGUGGAAUCUCCAUGGAGACUCACCCAGCCGUCCAUCAUUUCCAACAUCGUUCUGAUGAAAGGGCAAGGCAAGGGUCUUGGAUUUAGCAUUGUGGGUGGUCAGGAUUCUGCUCGUGGACGCAUGGGGAUUUUUGUGAAGACUAUAUUCCCAAAUGGAGCAGCGGCUGCUGAUGGAAGGCUUAAAGAAGGGGAUGAAAUCCUGGAAGUUAAUGGAGAGUCUCUACAAGGACUGACCCAUCAGGAGGCCAUCCAGAGGUUUAAGCAACUCAAGAAGGGCGUGGUGACGCUGACGGUGCGCACACGGCUGCGCAGCCCCAGCCUCACACCCUGCGUGACCCCCACCCUGCUGAGCCGCUCCAGCUCGCCCAGUGCCAGCAGCAGCGUGCCUGUCCCCAGCCUCGAGGAGCCCGAUGGCUCCUCCUCCUCCAGCCGCAAGGGACCUGGACCCAAGGACAGGAUCGUCAUGGAUGUAACACUCAAUAAAGAGCCAGGGGUUGGUCUCGGCAUUGGUGCUUGUUGUCUCACACUGGAAAACAGUUCUCCCGGGAUAUACAUUCACAGCCUGGCCCCAGGAUCAGUGGCUAAAAUGGAUGGCAGAUUAAGCCGGGGUGACCAGAUUCUGGAGGCGGAUUCUGUGAGCCUGCGUCACGCAGCAUUAAGCGAAGCCUACGCAAUCCUGAGUGAGUGUGGACCGGGCCCGGUCAGCCUAAUCAUUAGUCGUCAUCCUAACCCAAAGGUUUCAGAGCAGGAGAUGGAUGAAGCAAUUGCACGUACUACCCACCGAGAGAGCAAGGAUGCCAGCUCCUCUCACGUCACAGGAGCUGUGCAAAAAAGCCCAUCUCCUAGUGUGAAGGCCAAACAAGGAGAGACCUCAUCUUCCCUCAGCUGGACAAUGAAACGCUUCUUGGAGCCAACAAGCCGGCAGGGAUCAGUCAGCUCUGAGGCAGAGCUUUCCCAGUACUUCUCCCACGAUGGUACGAGCCAUCUCCCCUUCCCUGAUGCUGUACCUGGCUCAUGUGAUGAAGAGCAUCUCCGCCAGAAGAACAGGAACAGUUGGUUGGACGAUGGCUCUGUUCUCCCUGGCAGCCUAACAGCAAGAGAUGCAGGAGUGACAAAAGCAAAUGGUUUGACUUCUUCAGCUGGUGGGAGGUCAUCUGGCCAUCACAACAAGCAUGUGGAGGCUGUCCGACCUGGCAUCCUCAGCGACAGCCCCAAAUCUGCCCGCAGCCCCUUUCACCGACAGAGGAGGGUUGUUUUCUAUGAUGGUGAUGCCAGUGAUGAUGAUGAAAGUUCCCACUUGCACAGAAGCCAGAGGGCCAAGAGCCAGGAGGAUGCUAGCAUUGUCAUUACAACCUCAUCUGUAGAAAUCGAUGAUGAGAGCCAGGACAGUGAGUCAUCGAGAUACAGUGGCAUGGAGACAUCUUCCCCUGUCUUCAGCAACUCUGUGGAGUCUGCAGACAGCACGCUGGAGCAAAUUGAAUCUCCCUUUUUUCCCAUCAUAGCAUUUGAUUACUCAAGUGUGCCUGAAGUUCGUCUUGGCAGCCUGAGUUUGAGGGAGCUCCGGGAAGCACAACUUGAAUCCAAGAGGUCACCAAAACUUGAGCACAGAGCAGUGACCAGAGUGAAAAGCAUGAUGAGUACUGAGUGCAGAAGCCUUCAGAGACACAGGACGGAGGAACAUGGCUCUUACAACAAGCCUGUUGCCAGGAUGCUCCCUCAUAGCAAGAAGUGUGAAGCAUCUGAUGCGGUUGGGCAGGGCCACGUUGAAGUUGUCACUCUGGUUCGCAAUGAGCAUGAGUCAUUCGGCCUGGAUUUGGAAAUCCAAGCCAUGCCCUUAAAGGUUGUUGUCACAGGGAUGCGGCCAGGUGGACCAGCAGAAAUGGGAUCAAUGGGCAAAAUGGCUGUAGGAGAUGAGAUUACCACCAUCAACAGCAUCCCUGUCAGCAAGAUGAUGUAUGAGGAAAUCUGCUUGCUUAUGCAGUGUCUUCCCACAUCCGUAACCCUGGAGAUCCAGAAGGCAGCAUCAGCUGUCAGCAGAUUUACAAACCUCAUCCUGUCUCCAGGCGUAGACACUCAAAAUCAGGCCAAUGUCAACAGCAUCCUCACAGCAGAGGAAGAGCAGAGUUCUAGGAAGCAGGAAAGAGCAGGUCUGCAAGCUUCUGUCAGUGGCUGCGCAGCACAGAGAGCAACACUGCCGCCUGAUGCCACGAGCAGAGAUGUGCACAGAGGUACCCCGAAGGGCAGCCGUGAGGAGGACUGCACGGCCAUCCCUGUCACUGACAUCGAUGACCUGCUCAGCCAGAUGGGAGCCCCCGAGAGCAGGGCCUCACGCACCCCGACACGCGCAGAAAGUCCCCUCCGAGAUGAGUACACCACGAUGUGCUGCUGUGGCACUGACGAAGGCUGCCCUGGGUCUGAGGCACGAGCACCCAAGGAGGAGCUGCUGGAAAAAACUGUGAAUUGCGGAACUAAUGCACAAGGGGUUUUGGGGCUGUCUGUGUUGGACUCCAUUAACACAGGCAAGCUUUUUACUGUGAAUAAAAACUCUUUAAAUAACUAUUCUAGGAAUUUUAGCAGUUUAAAUGAAGAUGAGUUGCCUGCAGCAAACUCUCUGGAAGGUAAGAGAAGUGACCCAUUUCCAAAGUCAAUGUAUGGGGCUGCAGAGGAUUCUCACUCGGACACAGAGUCUGUCACAGAAGCCUUUGACAGUGCUAGUGAGGUGUUGCUUGGGCAAUGUGCUGCUGCUAAUGCCCCUGCAGGCUCUACUGUAACAGAGUCAGAUGAGGAGCAGAUUGAGAUUUGUUGCAUGAACGAUGAGCUGCAGAAGGCUGCACAAGAGCAGCAUCUCACCUCUGGAACAAGCUCAUCCUCACUGUCCCUGCUGCACCCUUACAGUGGCAACGUUUUGCAGAAUCAGGGUUGUGCAAUGUGUGGGUCACUGGAGACAAGUAUCAACAAACUUGGUUUGGAAGAUCAUAGUGGUCCCACUCAAUGUUCUUCGCAGUGUCCAGAUGUGUCGUCUGCAUCCUUGUGUUCUCCUUCCUCAGUUCUCCUGCCAGAAGAAGACAUCCUAAAGAAUUCAGCCAGUACCCCUGAAGUUUACUCUUUCAGUAACAAUGGUGCCUUACAUACAGAAGAACAGAUGGAUUUGGGAAACAGUGAUGAAAACAAGAAAUGCUGUGAAUCCAUCAAAGAAAAAGGGUCUCUGCACUGCAAAAAGACAAGCUUUUGCUCUGCUAGAAAUGUCAAUGUCUUAGAUAACAGUUUGUUUGAGAAAGAAGGAUGUCAUGAUGAGCAGAGAUCCAAAUCUGAAAGUGAAAUGGCUGUUGAUGACUGUAAUCAUGCUGUUAAUUACUGCUUGGUGAAGAAAGAAACCAACAGUUUGUCCACCUUGUCUAAAACAGACAGCAAUCAUGUGAAUGCAUCGGCAACAAGAGGAAUAUCACUCAGGUCACCCUUUCCCACUAGAUCUAAAGAUCCAAAGGCUAAUGCAACUCAUGAAUUGCCAGGAAAAAAUGAGAAAAUUAACUCUGUGACUUCAGGAAGGACUUCAAAUGGAAAAGUCCAAAGCUCAGGCACAAAUCACUGCAAAGGAGCUGCAGUACCGCACAGCCCAUCCUCACAGAAAAAAUCCUGUCAGGAGGCUAAGGCAAUGGCACAAAAAAGUAUAAUGGACACCCUUUUAAAUAAUCAGAAAUCUAAAGCAGGACCAAAGCUAAAAGGGUUCACCAUCAAAAGCAGAGCAAAGACAAAUUCAGAUUCUUCUGGCAUUACUCCUACCAAAGUCAAUGGGGCUGAUCAGAAAAGGGCUUCUGUUUCUCCACAACUGUCCCCCAAACUCCUGGGAAAGAAGACACCAUUGCCCCGUAAUUCACCUACAAGCUCAGAUCCUGGAAAGAGCAUUUCAGCAGCCUCAAAGACUCUGAAAUCAGAGCUAGAAAAUAAAUCAUCUCUCGUAAUUUCUGAAGAUUCGCCUCUGCCUCUCCUGAAUGGCAGCAGCAGUCCAACCACAAGUGGUGAAAUUAAAUGUGGCUGUGGGGAGCUGUCAUGGGGAAAGCCAAAAGAGAAGCAAGUUUCCAUGCAGGCUAUGGUAUGUCAGGGUAAGGGUGCUAAGGUGGAUGAUUUCAGAGCCAGAGACGGUGCAGAUGACUUUAGGCAAUUAGAUUUGCAAAAUGUAGGAACAUCUGCUGGAGCCUGCUCUUCUUCAUUGGGGUCCCCCUCAGUUCAGCAGGAGCAGCAGGAAGGACAGGAGAUCCAACGCACUUUCAUUGAGGUGAAGCUUUCCUCCUCAUCAUCCCCUUCCUCCUCCUCCUCUGCCUCGUCCUCACCAGCAUCAUUUUUGCGGCUGCCAUUGCUGGAGAAAACAGAAGAGGUGAAUGCAGAAGUGCCUCGGCUGGCUGAGGAGACGGGGACCAUACCGUAUUUCUCAAGAGGAGAUACUGCUGGAGACAGACGUCUCUGUGGCUUGUCAAAACCUGUGACGAGGACCUACUCAAUGCCAUCCCAGUUAUCAGGUCACUCGAGGGAGGACUGCAGUGUUACAGAGGUUCACCCUAUGCAAGGCCCCCAGGGCCAAGCUGCAGAAGAGAAAUACCCACAGGCAGCAACAGGGAUGUUAAAGAUGGUUCACCUGAAUCUGCCUAACAACCAGAGUGGAAAGGAGCAGGCAUACUCCUCCAAAAGUGCCCAGAAGGUCCAUGACACAUCUCCCUCAGCCAGUGACAUCAGCUACCCCACUGCUGAUAAACUGAGAAGCUUCAGGAGGAAUUACUAUUACUAUGAGCUGAACUGGCCACAUGAGCCAAUUUCAUCCUUCUCUGUCAAACAGAGGAUCAAAUCCUUUGAAAACCUGGCAAAUUUUGACCGGCCCAUUGUGAAGGCCAUUGAUAUAUGCUCGGCUGCAAGGUUGCCUCUUGCCAGGAGGUCAUGUGGUGGGUUGGCCACCACAUCCAACUCCACAGAGGCACCGUGGGCACUGCGGCGCAGCUUGAGCUCCUACGGUGGCAGCCCCAGCCCAGCCAAUGCCAUGGCCAAAUCUCCUCUUGGCACAGAACCUGUGUUUGUGACCGAGGGUGGCAAAGGGGAUGGAAAGCCCCAGAGGAAUGAGGACGAUGGUGCUGAGGCAGACGUGGCCACAUUUCCCACCUCAGCCUCGCAGGUGCGCCGCAGCCGGGGCCUGGGGCGGCCACCGCUGUCCCGCUCCAGGCUGCGGGAGCUGAGAGCCCUCAGUAUGCCCGACCUGGACAAGCUGUGUGGAGAGGGCUUCUCGGAGCCCCCACAGCCCAUCUCCUUCAAGACAGAGCUGGAAAUCACACCCCGCAGAGGCUUUGGCACGCUUGCCCAGAGCGCGGUGGCUGCACCAGCCCGCUGCAGCCCCACGGAGCUGGGUGCAACGGGAGCAGGAGCCUGCAGCCCCCGGGACAGCAGCUCAGGAACGCCGGGUUCUGCCUCGGAUGAUGACGUGCCCCAUGGCAGCUCUCUGAAUGGAGGAAACAGCUGGUCUAUCAGCUUGGAUCAGCUGCUCAUCUCAAGCCUGGGCCAGCAAAAAAUGCAGUCUGUUUUGUCAGUGGUAGUACCAAAAUGUGAUGUUGCUGCCAUGCUCCAAGAAGUCAAAGCACAAGUAAAGAGCAAAGAAGAUACAUACUUUGUAGUCUUGCACAAAGAAGAAGGAGCUGGCCUGGGAUUUAGUGUUGCUGGAGGAAUAGACUUGGAACAGAAAUCAGUCACAGUCCACAGGGUGUUUUCAAAGGGAGUGGCAUCUCAAGAAGGGACUAUCCAGCGAGGAGAUUUUGUUCUGUCAAUCAAUGGCAAAUCUCUGGCAAGCUCAGUCCAUGGGGAUGUCCUGAAUACUCUUCAUCACGCAAGGCUGUACAAAUAUGCAGUCAUUGUCAUCCAGAAGGAAAAAGACAAAACAAACAAUUCCUCCAGACUCGAGAUACCAGCUACUGGCAGAAAAUGUGUGGGGUCUGGAAAGGAUGUUUCCAUGGAAAUAGGAGCAGAUCCAAACCUGGACAUGAAUGAUGUAAUCUGUGUUGAAUUAUUGAAAACCUCUGCUGGUUUGGGAUUCAGUCUCGAUGGUGGAAAAGCUUCCAUUGCUGGAGAUAAGCCUUUGCUUGUAAAAAGGAUAUUUAAAGGUGGUGCUGCGGAGCAAUCUGGAAACAUAGAAACUGGAGAUGAAAUUCUUGCUGUUAGUGGGAAGUCAUUAAUUGGGCUCAUGCAUUACGAUGCCUGGAACAUCAUUAAAUCUGUGCCAGAGGGGCCUGUUCAAUUGCUGAUCAGAAAACACAGAACUGCAGUAUGA